UGAUAAGACGAAAUUAGACGUGACGGUUAUUAUAUUCACUAUACCAAUUCUCUUGUGCGUCUAUUUUGUCACAGGGUCAAAAAAUUACAAGUUUUUAUAAUCUUAAGAAAAAUACAACCAUUUGUCAAAAAAAAAAAAAAAGAAAAAGAAAAAUACAACCAACAACGGAAAAAAAGUUAGCUAGCAUAGUUAUCAAUCUCCCAUUUAGCACAAACACUAUUAAGAUUGUUGAUAACCAUGCUAUUUGCCUUUUAAUUGUAAGCUCUAUCAAGUUUUCCUCCACAGUAGCAUAGCAUGUUCAAUAAAUAAUCACCCCAAAAUAUGGUCAUGUAAAUUUAGAUUUAAUAAAUCACCAAACUUCAGUACUAGUGUACGUUAACUUUGGAUGCCACUCAAAGGCAAGUUUGAAUGUUCUGUAUAGAUUUCAUACCUUUUAAGAUAAAAAAACUAUGCUCAAUUGAGAUUGGAGGUCUCAAAUAUGGCUUUAUGGUGAUCAUAAAGACUACAAAAGAAACUGAUUAGUGGUCACUAAUAGCCGUAUGACAUAAAUUGGCCAGCAACCUAAAGAAAUGGCCACACAACGAAAGAAACAACACAAAAAGACUGAUAAUCUAGUAUGAAUAAAAUCAACAAACACAUGAGCCGAUUGCUGAUAUAUUCAUUUCUGUUUUUUACGGCAUUAGAUUGGUCACCUCACAAGAGUUCCAUCUGUCUUGGUCAAUACGAGUAUAUGACUUAUAUUUGAUUGGCAGUCUGGUAGGUCCAUUUUUCUAGCUUGGUAUAUUUUUUUAUAGGAAAAACUCCACAUCAUCUUUUACGUCACCUAUUUCGAAAAGACAUGUGGAUGAUUACCUGAAGAAAAUUUCUAAAGGGUAAUAAUGGUGUUAAAAUUUAAGAAAAUAAUUUUUAUAUAAUGGUGUAAUAAUUGUAAUAUUUUAUAUAAUUUUUAUAUAAAAUUUAAGAAAAUAAUUUCUAAAGGGUAAUAAUGGUGUAAUUAAAUAUUAAUUUUUAUAUAAUUCAAGAAAAUAAUUUUUAAAAAAUAUUACAAUUGUAAAGUACUACUUACAAAGAUACUUAAUAUCACUAGUGUCUAAUAAUGCACAUCAUCACAGAAUUCAUUUGCAUUCUCACAUCACAAUUUUGGAACAGGGUCGUUUCAGUAGCACUAGGUCUAGCAGUAUAUAUAUAACGCCUUAAAAUAUGAUCUUAGUCGUCGUUGAGCGUUGACCAUCACAUCCAAAAGUCCAACUUAAGGGAAAAAAAAAACUCUACAUGGCCCCAUGUAUUGGUUGGUACUUGGUAAUUGGUAAAGUGGGAAUUUACCAUCCAAACUUUCCUAGAAAGUCAAAACAUGUUUUUUAAUCUGCUACAAGUAUUUCAUGCAACUCCUUAAGGAGUAUCGAAAGACCAAAUCCAUUUCUCAAGCUCUCAGUCUCUUCCAAAUGACUUGCAUAAGAAACAAAUCUCUCCCAAUCCAAUUUGGCGUUGUUUUCUUAUGCUUCUUCCACUUCAGUCCUGGAGUUUCUCUAACACUACAAGAGCAAGAACAAUCAGUUCUCCUGAAGUUAAAGCAGCAGUGGGGAAACCUUCCUUAUAUGAGUCAAUGGAUCCCAUCAACAAACUCCUCUUCCCACUGUUCUUGGCCUGGGAUUACUUGUAUGCUGGACUCAGUCACAGAGCUGAAACUCUAUGACGUAAAUAUCACGGUACCUGUUCCUUUCUUCAUCUGUGACCUUAGCAACCUCUCACUAAUUACUCUUGGGCUUAACUACAUCCCAGGGGUGUUUCCUACAGCUUUGUUCAACUGUUCAAAGCUUGAAGAAUUAGACCUCUCCGACAACUACUUUGUGGGAAACAUUCCUAGUGACAUUGAUCGAAUGGUUCAUCUCCGGAGUCUUAAACUAGGAGGUAAUAACUUCACUGGUAACAUUCCCAUUGCCAUCGGACGACUUCAAGAGCUAAGGACAUUGGAACUAGGGGCCAACCAAUUCAAUGGUUCUCUGCCACUGGAAUUAGGUAACUUGUCCAAUCUUGAAACGUUAUGGUUAUCCAAUAAUAAGUUGCUUUCACCAUCUAAACUGCCUUCAAAUUAUACUCAGUUGAAAAAGUUGAAGAAUUUGUGGCUUACUAACUUAAAUUUGAUUGGGAAAAUACCUGAAAGUAUUGGAGAUAUGGUAGCUUUGGAGUUCUUGGAUUUAUCUCGGAAUAGUUUGAUUGGUAAUAUACCAGAUGGAUUGUUCACGUUGAAGAAUUUAAGCACAGUAUAUCUUUACAAGAACAUACUUUCUGGGGAGAUUCCUCAAGUGGUUGAAUCUCUGAAAUUGAAGGUAAUUGAUUUUUCAGAAAACAAUUUGACAGGGAUAAUACCAGAAGACUUUGGAAAGUUAAAGCAAAUGACGGGUUUGGCUUUGUUUAUCAAUCAAUUAUCUGGAAAUAUUCCAGAAGGCAUCGGCAGAUUACCAGCUUUGAUAGAUUUCAGAGUGUUCAACAACAAUUUGUCAGGCGUUUUGCCUUCUGAUUUUGGCAAGAAUUCGAAGCUACAAUCAUUCAGGGUUAAUUCCAAUAGGCUCACAGGCACAUUGCCAGAACCACUUGGAAAUUGCAGUAGCUUGCUUGUAUUCAAUGUUGGAAACAACAUGCUUUCGGGGGAGAUUCCUAGUGGCUUGUGGACAUUACCUAACUUGGGCACCUUGAUCCUAAGAAACAAUUCAUUUACUGGCUUGUUUCCUGAGAAGUUGUCUGAUAACAUUUGGGAAUUCCAUAUUAGUAACAAUAGGUUUUCCGGUACCCUUCCCACUGCAGUGUCUUCAUGGAGAAAUUUGAUUGAGUUUGAGGCCAGUGAUAACCUUCUAACAGGUACUAUUCCUCAAGAAUUGACAACUCUUCCUCGUUUGACAAAUCUUUUGCUUGAUCAAAACCAGCUUAGAGGAGAGUUUCCUACAGAAAUACAAUCUUGGGAGGUCCUACUUACUCUUAAUCUGAGUCGAAACCAACUCUCUGGACAGAUUCCAGAAAGACUUGGUCUGUUACCAAUUCUAAUAAAUUUGGACCUUUCAGGGAACAUGUUUUCUGGCCAAAUACCAUCCCAACUUGGUCAUUUAUCAAUGCUCCAAACUUUCAAUCUCUCUUCCAAUAAGCUUACUGGUAUAGUCCCCCCUGAGUUCUAUAAGCCUGCAUUUGCCGAAAGCUUCUUGGAUAAUCCUGAUCUUUGUGCAAGUAAUAAUGUGUUAAAACUAAAGCUCUGCGAUACCAAAUCCAAGAAGCUGGAAAAGAUACUGAAAAAAAUAAUCAGAGGAAAAUAUCUUGCUGUGUUGGUAACAUUAACGGUAGCUGUAUUUUUGUCUGUUCUUUUCAUCUUAUUCUUCAUAAUAAGAUGUUACAGGAGGAAAAACAGAUUCAAUUCCAAAUGGAAGGUGGUGUCAUUUCAAAGACUGAAUUUCAGACAAACAAAAAUUGUGUCUGGAAUAAAAGAGCAUAACCUAAUAGGAACUGGAGGCUCAAGCAAAGUCUACCGUGUUCGUGUGAGUCGUCAUGGAGAUGUUUUUGCUGUAAAAAGCAUAUGCAACAAGAAUAAGCUAGACCACAAUCUUGAGCAAGAAUUCCUUGCAGAAGUCAAGAUUUUGACCUCAAUUAGACAUUCCAAUAUAGUGAAACUCAUUGGCUGUAUCUCCAGUGAGAGCUCUACCCUUCUAGUCUACGAGUACAUGGAGAAUCGUAGUCUGGAUAGAUGGCUUUACAGCAAAAAUAGGGAAAUCACUAACCCUGUUCCUGGUUCUGUGACUGUUCACCAUUUAGUCCUUGACUGGCCCAAGAGGCUAAAAAUUGCGAUUGGAGCUGCUCAGGGCCUCUGCUACAUGCACCACGAUUGUGUGCCACCAGUUAUACACAGAGACAUUAAAUCAAGCAACAUCUUGCUUGAUUCUGAUUUCAACGCAAAAAUUGCAGAUUUUGGGGUAGCUAAGUUCUUGGCAAGACAAGGAGAGCUUGCUACAAUGUCAACUGUGGCUGGUUCCUUUGGCUACAUAGCUCCUGAAUACUCAUAUACUACAAGAGUGAAUGAGAAGAUUGAUGUUUACAGUUUUGGGAUUGUGCUCUUGGAGUUGGCAACUGGUAGAGAAGCAAAUGACAGCGGUGACACACACAGUAGCCUUGUCGAAUGGGCGUGGCACCAUGUCCAUGAGGACAAGCCAAUAGCCGAUGCCUUGGAUGAGGAGAUAAGGGAAGCAUGCUAUGUUGACGAAAUGUGCUGUGUUUUCAAAAUUGGGAUUAAAUGUACACAGACACAACCUUCUUUAAGGCCUUCUAUGAAAGAGGUUGUUAAGCUCUUGCUUAAACGCACUCCUACAUUAGUUUUAGAAUAAUAAGAAAAAACUUGCUCUUGAAUACAAACUGUAUCGUAUAUGUAAUAAUAAAUUAAUAAUGUAUAUAAUGAUCAGUACAUUAUAUUUAUAGGCCGAAAUGGUCCCGGCAAAUAAUAACAUCCUUCCGCCCUUAACUGUAAUCUGUAAUAUAUCUUAUUUAUUUGUUUUUGUUCUUUGGAUCA